AGAAACCCAAGGAGAAGAAGAAAGUCCUCUCGUAGCGUUGUAGAAAGUGAAGGAUGGUUCAUGGAGGAAGGUUUACAGGACCGAAGUGGGGAGAUUUUAAACCCUUGCCUUCUUGGAUUAUGUUGGGUUCUUGGUACUGAAGCAUAGUGGUUUGGUCAGAGGUAGCAGAAUGGAAAACCAAUUCCAGGCAAGUACGGAGUCAAAAAGGACAAGUCACUAAAUCCCAAGUAACUUCCAGAUCCAGAAACCACAAACGGCUCUCAGAACUGAUUGUCUUCUUGGUGAACAAAAUGGUGCUUAUUGCCCUCCUCUGUAUGGUUCACUUAGAACAUGCCUGAACAUAAUCACACUGGGAACAUCUUUUGCCUUUGGAGAAGGAAAAUAUCACUUGAAAAAAAAGAGAUAAAACAAUUGCUCUUCAAGACUGCAUGAUCCAAAGCACAACUCUACCUGCCACUGUUGGACAAAAGCUUGCCCUUUUCCCCUUCACAGCUAAUGGUGCAGAAGUACAGAUGGAUCGCAACAGAGAGGCAGAGAUGGAAUUGAGAAGAGCCUCCAGUCCCAGCAAGGCAAAUAAGAACAAUGAAGUGGAUGGGGACAGGUCCCUGUGCCACAGCUGUUGCAUCUGUGGCAAAAGCUUUCCAUUUCAGAGCUCCCUUUCACAACACAUGAGAAAGCACACUGGGGAGAAGCCAUACAAAUGUCCUUACUGUGACCACAGAGCUUCCCAAAAAGGCAACUUGAAGAUUCACAUUCGGAGCCAUCGUACAGGGACUCUAAGUCAAGGACAUGAAUCUGAGAUGGGAGAGGCACAGCUUGGAGAGAUGGGAGUAUCUGAAGGCCUUGAUGGAUGUACUAGUCCCACCAAGAGCACCUCAGCCUGCAACAAGAUACUGAAUGGGGCUACCCAGAUGGAAAAUAGCAAAAUCUUGCUGAGGAGCAGCAAGAAAGACACGGGGGCUGAUGCCCCUGCUGCUGAAGAGGACAAAGCCUCUACGUUCCACUGCACCUUCUGCAAAAGCAAGUUUGAGAGGAAGAAAGACCUUGAACAGCACAUCCACCAGAUCCACAAGCCAUACAAAUGUAGGCUGUGCAACUAUAUGACCUUGAGAGAGGAGACUCUACUGAACCAUAUUGAAAAGGACCAUAUCACAGCUCAGAUUCCAAAUGGUGAGGCCUAUGUGGAGAAUAGCAAGAAUGAGCUCAGCCCUGGGGAAUUUCCUUGUGAAGUUUGUGGUCAGGCAUUUAGUCAAACCUGGUUCCUUAAAGCUCACAUGAAGAAGCACAGGGGCUCAUUUGACCAUGGAUGCCACAUUUGUGGCAGGAGAUUUAAAGAGCCUUGGUUUCUCAAAAAUCACAUGAAAUCUCAUGGCCCCAAAACUGGGAACAAAAACAAACCAAAAAGUGAUUUGGAUCCCAUAGCUACUAUCAAUAAUGUGAUUCAGGAAGAAACUAUUGUGACUGGCUUGUCCCUUUAUGAAGUUUGCAUCAAGUGUGGGAACUUGUUUACAAACCUAGAGAGUUUAAAGGUCCACAAUGCCGUGCACCGCAAGGUGGAAGGGAGCCGGACCCAAGACAAAACCCAAGGGUUAGUGCCUGGAAGCCUAGACCCAUGUGAAACACAGCAGUUUUUCUUACAGUGCCUGAAUUUGAGACCAUCUGGAGGGGGAGAUAAAGUUACAAGUGGGCAGUCUGGAAAAAGAGUCGCAGAACUGGAUCCUGUCAACAGUUACCAGGCUUGGCAGUUGGCAACCAAAGGAAAAGUAGCUGAACCCUCAGAAUACUUGAAGUAUGGAGGGUGGGAUGAAACCUUGGCAGAUGCAGAUGUCACCUAUGACAAGGACAAGAGGGAGUACAUCCUUGUGAGCCAGGAGAAGCGCAAGCGGGAGCAAGAUUCCCAGACUUCUGGCCAUUCUAAGAGGAAGACUUUUUCAGGAGGGCGCUCAGAUAAGACUGGAGGUGUACACUUAGGCGACAACUGCUUUGUAGUUCAGGGUGAUACGGAUUAUAGACCAUCUUCUCGUCAGAGCCGCCGGACAACCCAGAAUAAUAAUAAGUCAACUGAAUGCUUUGAAUGUGGGAAGAUUUUCCGCACAUACCACCAAAUGGUGCUCCAUUCCAGGGUACAUCGGAAAGAUCGCCGGACCUGCAGUGAGAGCGGGGCCACAGCACAGAGAGAACGAUAUGGCUCUACCAGUGAAGGGGACUCGGGUUCUACCAGCCAGCCCAGCAGUCCUGGGUCUGCCUCAGCUCCUGAGGAUUCAUUGACCUCUGGGAUGGGAGAGGAGGGUGCAGAUGACAGCUUUGAGGAGGGAGCCCCAGAAUCAUUACCAGGAGGAAAGCCGUACAAAUGCAACUUUUCUGAAGAGGUACCUACAGUGCUGCCUCAUGGAGAUCACAUUCGUCAAUUUGGAAAUAGUAACAUGUCAGAAAAUAAGGCCAGUGAAUCAAAAUUAGGAAUAGCCAUUUCUGUUCCAAUACUUGAAAAUACCAUCCAAGAUGCUUCUAAAAAUGCUGAACACAGACGUUCCCUUGACUUAAAAAUGCCAGCAUUUCAUCGUAAGCAAGAGAUUCUAGGCUCUGGCAGUAGUAUGGAUUUUGUUUCAGGGAUGGAUCAAACUUAUUCAGAAAUGGCAGUAGAUCUUCAGGUUUCAUUAGAAAGCCAAACUAGUCACCCUAAAGAAAAGAUGUUUGAUUUGCACAACAAGGAGUAUCCUGGGGGAGGAAAAAAGGUGAUGAUGGCACCAGAUCUGAUUCCACUAGAUUUAAGUGAGAAAUCCACGAGAGAUGAUUCCAGGAAUAAGGAUAUUGCUUCAUCCUUGCAGGCUGCUUUGAUUGUGCACCCAUGUCCUUAUUGUAACCAUAAGACUUACUACCCAGAAGUUUUGUGGAUGCACAAAAGAAUCUGGCACAAAGUGAGCUGCAACUCUAUGGCUCCUCAGUGGAUUCAACAAAAUGGUUAUAAGGGUAUAAAGAAUGCUGUGGUAUUUCUUGCCAGAAGUGGACGCACUGGACCUCCACCUGUUCUUGGGGGAAAAGACUGUCAGCCCUUGCCUAUUGCCCGAUUCACACGUACCCAGGGCCCCAGUGGGUUGUCAGCCUCCAAAAGCAGUUCCCCUCUGGGAGUCACAGUGAAACCAGCUAGUAUGCCUAAGAAUAAGGACAGCCCUUUGGGUGGCAGCUCUGAGCCAUGGGCAUCAGGUCCUGAUGGGUAUCGGCAAACCAAAAUGACCCAUACCCAAGAGCAAUAUAGUUCAGCCUCGCAGCACUCACCGCAGCUGAAACCUAAGUAUGAAACCAACUCUAAACUGGUGCAUGCAGGCAGCUUUAGCCGAAGCGUAACUCCUACCCAGACAGUCAUAUCGAGGGCAACCCCCCAACUCACUAACAGUAAGCCAGCAGAGAAGUACUUGAUUACCCCAGUGGGGGCCAGCUUUACCACUCCGAAUAAACACUGUACACCUGACUCCAUGAAGGCCAAAUUCAACCUUCAGCCUCAGUAUCAACCUCUAUGUAAAACCGAGCAUUAUUUGAAACCUGAAGGUCCCUCCCUGUCUCCUCGGGAGCCCCACACCAAGGCUGCACAUGAGCUGAGGACACUGGCCAACUGCAGUGUGGGAUCCAGGGGAAGCCCAGUGAUGCAAGCUCAGUCCACUGUGACAGGAGCUCCCUCAGUUUUACACUCCCUCAAACAAGAGCCAGCACCUGAGGGACAUGACAAACGACUGGACAUUCUCAACAUUUUCAAGACCUACAUUCCAAAGGACCUUGCUACGCUCUACCAGAGCUGGGGUGCUAAUGGCCCUGCCUUAGAACAUAGAGGAAUGCUGGGGACACAAGGCCGCCAAGGAGAGCUCAUCUGUAUAGAAUGUGGGAAAGGCUUUACCCAGCAUAAUCACCUAAGGACCCAUAUGCGGUCUCACACAGUGGUAUUUGAAUCUAAUGGACUCCGAGAGACUGAAGUUCACACCACCUCUCCAGAUGCCCCCAAACAAGGGAAAGAACAUUCUAAUUCAGACAUUGCCCAUACAGUGCCUCUCAGAAAGGGAACCUAAACACACAUAUCCAAUGUGUGCACCGAGAACCAUUUAACCAGGAGUUAACAGUACCCUGACUGAUGGUUACAGCAGCCUCCAAACAGUGACCCAGAUAGCCCUGCCUGGAAGACUUUCCUACAGCCCCUCAGAUCCUUGGAGCCACUGUGCUAGAAUAGAAAGUCAAGGGAGAUGCCUCAAUAUUCAUAACCAUUUAAAAAUAAAUGAAGAUCUUACAUACCUAAUAUAUAUGAUAUGUAUGUAUGUAUAUGUUAUACAUAUAUCUUGUGUAUCACAUGCUAAUCAGUUCCACGGUUCCAUAUUUCCUUUAUAAUUUUUUUUUUUUGGUGAGGCAUUUGGGGUUAAGUGACUUGCCCAGGGUCACACAGCUAGUAAGUGUCAAGUGUCUGAGGUUGGAUUUGAACUCAGGUCCUCCUGACUUCAGGGCUGGUGCUCUAUCCACUGAGCCACCUAGCUGCCCCCCAUAUUUCCUUUAUAAUUAACAGUGGGACUGGCAAGCAAUGUGACAACACGAGGCUUCUGCAUCAUUCAAGAUGAGUUUGAGACACUGGAAAAUCAAGUAGAACAAAGCUGCGUGUUUUGGAGAACAUGAUGAAGUUCAGCACUGUAACAAGACUCUCCCUAAGGCUCCUGAGGACUCCUAUUUAACCGCAUUGGAACAAACAAAUAGUGGUGGAUUUGAGGGCUGAUGAAGUGUUAAUACUUACCACUCCUUAUCAUAGUGGAAAAGCAAACUGAAAAUAGUCCAUAAAAGAUUGGAAGGAAGUGGAAUUUGGUGCUGUGUAAAACCAAGCUUGAUUGAACAGGGACUGAUUAUGACAAGACCGUAUUUCUCCAAUGGUUCUAUUUCAUUAAAAUCUGGGGGCCACUUGCAUUUCCCAUGUGAUUGUUGGAGACUGUUCACCAAGAGCUCUACGCGAAUAUGGAAAUGGAAACACUUCUAUGGAUAUGCUUAUACUCUGCUUUGGACAAGAAAGCUAGUUGAACACUAAGAAAAGCAGGCUUCAAUAUUUUACUCUCAGGACCUUUUUGUAACAGGGCUACAUUUGGCAAACUGCUCACAAAAGAAGACUGCACGUUUUAACAGCCACUGAAUGCUCCUUAUGUGUACAUGUUUUUUAAUAAUAGCAGAAGAAUCUCUGAGCAAAUGUAGGAAACCUAGAUUGCCUAGGGUACUGUAUGCUCUGUAUGCUUCUGUCUUUGUUUUUUUUUUCCCCCCCAGCAAGUCAGUUACCCCCUUUCCUUCCUUGGCCUAGUGACAUCCCCCGCUUUCAAAAGAAAAAAAAGAUGACUUACCUUUUUCAUGGUGGCAGGUUAAUAAUGUUCUUAUAAUAUGUCAUGUAUUGUACUUGGUGGUCACUGGUAGUGUUAGGGGGGAAAAUGCUUUAUAUACCUCUUCCUCAGUAACUCUUUCAAAUGCAAGUUUUCGUGGUGGGGAUUAAGGCACAUAACAAAGGAUCUUAAACCAUGCAGUGUAAGCAAUUAAAAAUGUAUUCCACAGAUA